UUAUAUUAGCAGUGAAACUUGCCAUAUGGGAAGGGAAUAGAAAUAAGGGAUAAGCAGAGAGUUUGGAUGGAAGAGAGAAUGUAAGAAACAAAUUUACGUUGACUGCAAAUUCUUAGGAAGUGAUAGAAAGGCAGAUAGAUAUACAGAGAGACAAAAAUAGGGAAAAAGGAAAUUCGAUGGAAAAAUUGGUACAUGUUUUUUUGAUUUUAUUUGCUACGUAAAUGAUACCAUAGCAAUAGCACGUCAUCACAAGCAGCCUGAAAAGUGGGUGUGAAUAGCGAGAGCUAGCGAGCGUUCCAGCCGAAGCUCCCGGCACUCUUUGCACUAUGACCGGUCUCUCAGCACCCUGCGGCAUUUUUUUUUCACGUAGGAUGAUGGCUGCUUCUCGAUGAAUUGACCUGUAUCUGCUGGGUUAAAAGGUGCAAGAGGUCUAUUGCUUACCAAGACGUCUACAGAAUAGAGAGUUCCAUCUAUUAUAGGUGACUGUCUCCACCAAAAUAAGAAUGGUGGUGGAUAGUGCAAACAGGAAGAGUUCUGUAAUGCUAUGGAGCCUUUAUCUUAUGGUACUGUUCUCACACGUCUGUGGAUCUGACAUAAGAAACGUUGAUCCCAAUGGAUAUGUAGUCUACUGCCCCUGUAUGGGUCGUUUCGGUAACCAAGCUGAUCACUUCCUAGGAGCUCUUUCCUUCGCUCAUGGUCUGGACAGAACCCUUAUCCUUCCGCCUUGGAACGAUUACGGAAAACCAAGCCGCGCUGCUCAAAUUCCGUUUGACAAGUACUUCAAGGUUGACCCGCUCCGUGAAUAUCAUCGGGUCAUCACCAUGGAAACCUUUAUGAAGGAGUUAGCUCCUUCUUUAUGGCCAAAGGAGAAACGUACAGGAUUCUGUUACCGUUUCAGAGAUGGGACGGACUGCAAGAUGAAGGAGGGAAAUCCUUUCGGACCAUUCUGGGACAACCAUCACAUUGACUUCUUCGAGUACAAGGAAUAUGGCCCACUUUCCUAUAACACCCAUUUGCCUAACGCAAGAAAUAUGUGGGAAGCCAAGUUCCCAGUGUCCGAGUACCCUGUGAUUGCCCUCUCUGGCGCCCCUGCUGCCUUCCCGGUGACCCAGGAGAACAGACAACUCCAUAAAUAUUUGCACUGGUCUGAAGAAAUAGACGGGCAAGCAGAUCAGUUCAUUCAGGAGAACCUAUCAGGGAGCCCAUUUGUCGGAGUGCACAUGCGACAAGGGUCGGACUGGGUCAAUGCAUGCAGGCAUGUGAAAGACGCAAAACAGCUCUUUGCUUCGCCCCAGUGCCUCGGUUACCAACAAGAAUUCGGCUCUCUGACAGACGAUCUUUGUAUGCCAUCGUUUGACCUCGUCAAAGAACAGAUUAAAGCCGUUGUCAAAAAGAUCAAGGCUGAAGGGGUGUUUAUUGCAUCGGAUGUAGAACCGGAUGUUAAAUCUCUGAAAAAGUUUCUUCCCUCAAAGGUCAAGAUAGUGCAACACAAACCGUCAAACCCACAAGUUGACCUCGCUAUAUUAGGCAAGUCCGACCAUUACAUCUGCAAUUGUGUCUCAUCCUUCUCUGCAUUUGCGAAGAGGGAGAGGGAUGCCACGGGCAAGCCAUCGUCCUUCUGGGGAUUCGGGGAAGACUAUGAGAGGAUCAAGAAGAGGCGGUCGCAGAAAUCUCGCAGCGAGUUAUGAGGACGGCUUCAUUUGUAGUAUAGAACUGAAUAAAUGUACUGAUAGAUAGUGUAAAUCAUAAAAUGUAAAUGGUGUAGAAAGUAAUGCAGACAUUCAUUAAAAGCAUUAAAGCAUUUCCGGGGGGGUCACUUAGUAUGAACGUAUGUGCCACGGUCGAGACCCCCAUUCUCAGCCCAAGUCCCGCUCCAGAGCAUCACCAAUUUAGAAAGCCAUGGAAAUUCCUAUUUUCCCCUGCUGUUUCGAAGAUCCUCAAAUUUGUGGUUUCUAGGGACAGUGCCCUCCAAUACUCCUCGCAGCACAGGGGCAAACUGCGUUCAGUGACAGCGAAAGCUUUGCAGAGCGAUUCAGAGGCCGCUGAUUGGUUCAUCACACAGAAAUGUCAUGACGGAUUUCAUGCGUAUUCACGCAAUGCUCCAAAACAUUUGUGCUAUUCAAUAGCCUUGCACUUUUAGGAAUCGUUGAUACUAGAGCUGUUCUGGGGACCCCCAUUCUAAGAGCAAAGUUUAGUUCACGAGCCCCCUUUUUACGUUUUGGUGCGGCACAAAGGUAUCAUCUUAUAAUUUGAGUACCCUUCCUCCCCCGGGGCAUUAACACGUAUGAAGUGGUGAUGGAUCUUUAUCAAAUGAUUGGCCCAAAUCCAUCAUAUGACCAGUCGUACAUUUCAGCUGACGGGAAGAUGUUCUAAUGACCGGUACAGAUGACUUGUUCUAUUGACCGGUAAUGGUUUUGAGACGAGGAUGGCGUAUCAAACAACAAGGAUGCACAUCACUAUCUUUUAAAACAUAUACACAUUAUGGUUGAGCACUGGAAUAAUUACCCACACUUCAUGCGUGUACACAUAAUUCUUCUUUAUGUCCUCAAUUAAGGGGGAAAAAAUUAACGGGCGAAAUCGCCCCGAGCGGAGG